GUGCCCCCUCCACCCCCUCCCGGGCUCGGCGCAUGCUCGGCCCCGCCCCGCCCCGCGGGCUCCGCUCUGCACGCAUCGGGCCGGGCCGGGCCGCAGCCCCGAGCCAGCCCCGAACCCCUCGGGAGGCGCCACGGGACCGCCAGAGGCAAGUUGGUCUUGGAGAGUGAAGACAAUCCGUUUCAGUUGUGUAGAGGAUCAGACAGUCACAUAAAUGCAGUAUCUAAACGUAAAAGAAGAUUGCAAAGCCAUGGCUUUCUGUGCAAAAAUGAGGAGCACAAAGAAGAGCGAAGUAAACCUGGAAGCUCAGCAUCAUGGUUUAGAAAUACUUUUAUACGUGCAAGAUAAAAGUCCCAUUUGUUACACGACUGGCGAGUUUACUGCGGAGGAGCUGUGCAUUGAAGCUGCCCAGAGGUGUUCUAUAUCUCCUCUGUGCCAUAAUCUCUUUGCACUGUAUGAUGAAAAGAAAAGGCUCUGGUGUGCACCAAACCAGGUCUUUAAGAUAGAUGAAAAAUCAUCACACCGGCUCCAUUAUCGAAUGAGAUACUACUUUGCAAACUGGCAUGGGACCAAUGAAAAUGAACCCACAGUGUGGAGGCAUUCACCAAGGAAGGCAAAGAGCCCUUACGAGAAGAAGCUGGCUCCAGAAGGAACUCCUAUACUUGACGCAAGCUCAUUAGAAUACAUCUUUGCACAGGGUCAGUAUGACUUAGUGAAAGGCCUGGCACCAAUACGUGAUCCUAAAAAUGAUCAAGAGGUUCAUGAAAUUGAAAACGAAUGUCUGGGAAUGGCUGUCCUUGCAAUCUCUCACUAUGCCAUCAAGAUGAAUGCGAAGCUUCCAGAGCUUUCCAAAGAUAUCAGUUAUAAGCACUAUAUUCCUGAAACUUUGAACAAGACUAUCAGACAGAGGAAUUUCUUAACAAGGAUUCGGAUAAAUAAUGUCUUCAAGCAUUUUCUUAAAGAGUUUAACAACAAAACCAUUUGUGAUAGUAGUGUGUCUCCACGUGAUCUGAAAGUUAAAUACUUAUCAACGAUGGAGACCUUGACUAAACAUUAUGGAGCAGAAAUCUUUGAGACUUCAUUUUUGCUGAUUUCAUCUGAGAAUGAAAUAAAUAGAUUUAAUUGUGGAGACAACGAGAUCCUCCCACUAUAUGAAGUCAUUGUAACGGGAAAUAAUGGAAUUCAGUGGAGGCUCAAGCCAAAUCCUGUACAGACAGAGAAAGAGGAGAAGAAAAAAUCUAAUAGUAAAAUCAAAAAGGAUGAAGAAAAACACAAAAUGCAAGACUCGUGGAACAAUUUUUCCUAUUUUCCUGAAAUCACCCACAUUGUUAUCAAGGAGUCUACAGUUAGCAUUAACAAGCAAGACAACAAAAGAAUGGAAUUAAAACUGUCCUCACAUGAUGAGGCCCUGUCAUUUGCAUCGUUGGUAGACGGGUACUUUAGACUUACAGCAGAUGCCCACCAUUAUCUCUGCACAGAUGUGGCUCCUCCACUGAUUGAGCACAACAUAAAAAAUGGUUGCCACGGACCCAUUUGCACGGAAUACGCCAUCAAUAAACUGCAACAGGAAGGGAAUGAAGCAGGAAUGUAUGUGCUGAGAUGGAGCUGCACUAACUUUAACCACAUUCUCAUGACAGUGACUUGUUUUGAUGGCUCAGAGAAGAUAAAUAAUUCAGUCAAGUACAAGAAUUUCCAGAUUGAGGUGAAGAAAGGCGGGUACUUCCUACAUGGUUCAAACAAUUCUUUCUCAUCCUUGAAAGAGCUCAUGGAUCACCUUAAAGGACAAAUACUUCGGACAGACAACAUAAGCUUCACACUGAAGAGAUGCUGCCAGCCAAAACCAAGAGAAAUCUCCAACUUGCUAGUUGCAACCAAGAAGGCACAGGAAUGGCAACCUGUUAAUCACUUAGGGCAGCUGAGUUUCCAUCGAAUACUCAAGGAAGAAAUCAUGCAGGGUGAACACCUUGGAAGAGGGACGAGAACACAGAUUUACUCAGGGAUUCUCAGCUACAAAGGUGAUGACAAUGAAGGAUAUCAAAACGAAAAAGAGAUUAAAGUCCUCCUCAAGGUCUUGGACCCCAGCCACAGAGACAUUUCUUUGGCAUUCUUUGAAACAGCAAGCAUGAUGAGGCAAGUGUCUCACAAGCACAUUGUCUUCCUCCAUGGAGUCUGCGUCCGUGAUGUAGAAAAUAUCAUGGUUGAAGAGUUUGUUGAAUUUGGUCCUCUGGAUCUGUUCAUGCAUCGGAAGAGUGAAGUUCUGACAACUCCUUGGAAAUUCAAAGUUGCCAAGCAGCUUGCAAGUGCUCUAAGCUACCUGGAGGAUAAGGAUUUGGUACAUGGAAAUGUGUGUACUAAAAACAUCCUACUGGCAAGAGAGGGAAUUGACACUGAAUAUGGUCCUUUCAUAAAGCUGAGUGACCCAGGAAUACCAGUAACUGUGCUGUCCAGACAAGAAUGCGUUGAGCGAAUCCCCUGGAUUGCACCUGAAUGUGUUGAAGACUGCAAAAAUUUAAGCGUUGCAGCAGAUAAGUGGAGUUUUGGUACAACACUGUGGGAAAUCUGCUACAAUGGAGAAAUACCACUGAAAGACAAGACUUUAGCAGAGAAGGAGAGGUUCUACGAGGGGCAUUUUGUGUUGGCAACACCAUCGUGCAAGGAGCUGGCUGACCUGAUGAAAGAGUGCAUGAACUAUGAUCCCCACCAGAGGCCCUUCUUCAGAGCCAUCAUGAGAGACAUCAACAAACUGGAGGAACAAAAUCCUGAUAUUGUCUCAGAGAAGAAGCCUGUUGCAGAGGUUGAUCCCACGCUCUUUGAAAAACGAUUUUUGAAAAGAAUCCGUGAUUUGGGAGAGGGCCACUUUGGCAAGGUUGAACUCUGCAGAUACGAUCCAGAAGGUGACAAUACAGGGGAGCAAGUGGCAGUUAAAUCUCUAAAGCCAGAGAGCGGAGGGAAUCACAUCGCUGAUCUCAAGAAGGAAAUAGAAAUCUUGAGGAGUCUUUAUCAUGAGAACAUUGUCAAAUAUAAAGGAAUUUGCACAGAAGAUGGAGGAAGUGGGAUUAAACUCAUCAUGGAAUUUCUUCCUUCUGGGAGCCUAAAGGAGUAUCUCCCACGGAACAAGAACAAAAUCAAUCUCAAACAACUUCUCAGAUACGCAGUUCAGAUCUGCAAGGGAAUGGAUUAUUUGGGCUCCCGUCAGUAUGUGCACCGUGACUUAGCAGCAAGAAACGUCCUUGUUGAAAGUGAGAACAGAGUGAAGAUUGGAGACUUUGGUCUUACCAAAGCGAUUGAGACCAAUAAGGAGUACUACACUGUCAAAGAUGACCUCGACAGCCCAGUGUUUUGGUACGCUCCAGAGUGCUUGCUGCAAAGUAAAUUUUAUAUUGCCUCGGAUGUCUGGUCAUUUGGGGUGACGCUGUACGAGCUGCUUACCUACUGUGAUUCCGAGUCCAGUCCCAUGGCAGAAUUCCUGAAAAUGAUCGGCCCCACACAGGGACAGAUGACAGUCGCACGGCUGGUGCACGUCUUGCAAGAAAAAAAGCGUUUGCCACGUCCACCCAACUGCCCAGAAGAGGUGGACCAGCUGAUGAGGAAGUGCUGGAUAUUCAAGCACGAUGAACGGACGACCUUCCACAAUCUGAUCCAAGGCUUUGAAACAAUUAUGAGUAAAAUGUAAUUAAUUUUUUUAUACUGUCAGUACUUUUAAAUGUCUGUCAAAAUAUAAAUGCCCAAGACUUCUUGUUUUUUUAACUGCUGUAAUUUGUACUCUGACUGUGCUAAUGUAUUUAAAGGAUUCUUUUUCCAACAGUUUUCCUUUUUAAUUUUAGUCAACAGUUGGAUCAAAUUAAUUAAAAAGUAUGGCAGAAACAAUAGCUUCAACUCCUCUCCCUGCUGUUAUUGCAAGGCAGUUUUACCUUUAUCCAAUUCUGGUCUCGCCUCAGCCUGAGCGGCCCUGAUGAGUGUGAACCGAGAGCGCGGUGUCAAAAAAGGCUGCAGUGCUGUGUGCGCUUGUUCCUCAAAUACCUGAACAAGUGGGCAUGAGAGGACUGGAUACAGUCACUUAAGAAUUUUGAUGGGUUCUGAGGAGAUUUAAAGGAAAAAAUUCAGCCUUAAAAAAGUUUGUCUGACAGCACCCUUCACGGGCACUUAAAUUUCAGUGACGAAAUGGCAACUCUGGUGUAAAAAUCCAGAAAAGAUAAUCGGCUCUUUCUCCCCAGGUUCUUAGAUAUAGUGUAAAAAAAAUUGCUUGUCUGUCAUGCUCAAAAAAAACCACAAACCAAAAAGGCCUGGACGAGCGUGCAGUUACGCGUUUCAUUGAGAGAUCCAGUUUCUGGACAAUGGGGUUUGUUUCCUGGCUCAGCCGUCCCCUCCUGUUUCACCUUUCUGCUGCUGCUGCUUCCACCGUUGCUGUCACUGUUCAAUGUGCGAGCGCAGGGGACUUCUACUGCACAUGAGCUCCAGCGCGGUGGAACAGGCAGGGGACUCGAGCUACACGCGCUGGGGACAGAAAAGAAAAGGAAUCCCUGUACAGAGUAAGGAGCUAAAGGUGAGGACUGAGCAGCCUGGGUAGCGUCCCUGGGAGAGGAGACCACCACCUUGGUCACAUCAAACCGGCUUCUUGGUGCCAUCGCUGCCAUUGGAGCAACACAUCACGCUCAUAGAGUUGUGCAGUGGUUUCUUUAGCUGGCACAGUAAAGCUGUUUGUUUGGCCCCAGGGGACGAGUCUUUACGUGACACUGCCCUUUAUUUCAGAUGAGUUAUGGACCCGAGCAGCGCACUUGUGUGGUAUUCAGUUAACUGAGGGGGCAGCCAGUGAGGCCGCACCAGGACCAUGUCCGUUGUGUUGUCAGGACCAGGCUGAGCAUUUGAACUGGCAGUGGGGCAGGGGAGGCACCUCCUCCUGUCUGGAGCACCUGGCAGGGUCCAAGAACCCAGGUUUCACUGGAAACCUGGGCUGAGCUGGGCCCAAGGCCAGACAGAGCAGUGUUGUGUCCCACCACACCUGGAUUCUUGCAAAUGCUUUGAGGAGCUCCUCACUUCUGGCAAUAACAGAAAGAUGUCUUUAAAUAUUUCUCUCUUGCUAUAGAAUAACAGUGUAAUUAUGAGCUGCAACAAAGUGAGGUUUAUUUUUACAGUAUUACCUGUUUUUUGUGUAUGUCACUUAUGUAUGAACUCGAUUUAAAUCUGCAAGCACUUUGUUACUCUUGACAUAAACAAAUCUAAUAAAGAUUUUUUUUUUCCACC